CUGACAUUGAACAAGUUCAUGCAACACACAAAGUUGAUGCUGUUGGGUUCAGCCUAGACGGAUCUUGACACCUCCCAUGCUUUGCACAUUUCAACCAGAUUGCUGUGUUUCGUCCUAGAAGAAAAUUAAACAUGAUAUUUGUGAUGUGGACACAGAAGAGACAGUUUCUUAUCCUGCUUAACAUGGUUCUGAUUUCCAAACUCCUCGGGGCUCGAUGGUUUCCCAAAACUCUGCCCUGUGAUGUAAUUCCAGACUCGGAAAUGGCCCAGGUAUCUGUAGACUGCACAGACAAGCAUUUGACGGAAAUCCCUGGAGGUAUUCCUGCCAACACCACCAACCUCACCCUAACUAUUAAUCACAUCCCAGAAAUUUCUCCAGCCUCUUUCCAAUGGCUGGACAAUCUGAUUGAGAUUGAUUUCCGAUGUAACUGCAUACCAGCUCGGCUAGGGCCGAAAGACCAAGUAUGUCUCAGAAGGCUGCAGAUUAAACCCAGAAGCUUUAGUAUACUCACUCAGUUGAAGGCCCUUUACCUGGAUGGAAAUCAGCUUCUAGAAAUACCUCUGGGUCUUCCUGCCAGUCUACAGCUGCUGAGCCUGGAGGCCAACAACAUCUACAUGAUUAUGAAAGAUAAUCUCACAGAACUGACCAACAUAGAAAAGCUCUACCUGGGCCAAAACUGUUAUUUUCGCAAUCCUUGUAAUGUUUCGUAUCACAUAGAAAAAAAUGCUUUCCUAGGUAUGAAAAAUUUAAAAUUGCUCUCCCUAAAAGAUAAUAAUAUCACCACUGUGCCCAAGGUUUUGCCAUCAACUUUAACAGAACUCUAUCUUUAUAACAACAUGAUUGCAAAAAUCCAUGAAGACGAUUUUCACAACCUCACUCAGCUGCAAAUUCUUGACCUAAGCGGAAAUUGCCCUCGUUGUUAUAAUGCCCCAUAUCCUUGUACGCCCUGUGAAAAUAAUUCUCCCCUCCGGAUCCAUAAAAAUGCUUUUGACACAUUGACAGAAUUACAAGUUUUGCGACUCCAUAGUAAUUCUCUUCAUUAUGUGCCCUCGGAAUGGUUUAAAAAUCUUAAAAAACUUAGGGAUCUAGAUCUUUCCCAAAACUUCUUGGCGAAAGAAAUUGGAGAGGCCAACUUUUUGCGUUCCCUUCACAACCUUGUCCAACUUGAUUUAUCUUUCAAUUUUGAACUUCAGAUCUAUCAUGCAUUUAUAAAUCUAUCAGAUGCAUUCUCUUCCCUAAAAAACCUGAAAGUUCUGCGGAUCAAAGGUUAUGUCUUUAAGGAGCUGAGUAGCCUUAACCUCUUACCAUUACAGAAGCUUUCCAAUCUGGAAGUUCUUGAUCUGGGCACGAACUUCAUAAAAAUUGCUGACCUAAGCCUAUUCAAACAGUUCAAAACCUUGAAAAUCAUCGAUCUUUCCAUGAAUAAAAUCUCACCUUCUGGAGAUUCAAGCGAACUUGGCUCCUGCUCGAAUUCCAGAAAUUCUAUAGUGAAUCACGGGGCUCAGUUCCUUGAAACAUUACAUUAUUUCAGGUAUGAUGAGUUUGCCAGGAGUUGCCGAUUCAAAAGCAAAGAGACUCUUUUAUCUUAUAAUGAAGACUGUUAUCAGUAUGGUCAAACUUUAGACUUAAGUAGAAAUAACUUAUUUUUUAUCAAGUCCUCUGAUUUUAAGCAGCUUUCUUUCCUCAAAUGUCUAAAUUUGUCGGGAAAUAGCAUAGGUCAAACGCUUAAUGGCACUGAAUUUCAGCAUUUGGAAGAAUUGAAGUACUUGGAUUUUUCUAAUAACCGCCUGGAUUUGCUUUAUGCAAGCGCAUUUGAAGAGCUAAAGAAACUGGAAGUUUUAGAUAUAAGUAGUAAUAGUCACUAUUUUCUAUCAGAAGGAAUUACUCAUAUGCUUAACUUUACCAAGAACUUAAAAUUUCUGAAGAAACUGAUGAUGAAUAACAAUGGAAUCUCUACCUCCACUAGCCUGACCAUGGAAAGUUUAUCUCUUAAGACUCUGGAAUUCAGAGGAAAUAAUUUGGAUAUUUUAUGGAAAGAUGGUGACACCAGAUACUUCAAAUUAUUCAAGAAUUUGACCACUUUGGAGUUACUAGAUAUCUCUGAGAAUUCCUUAAGUUACUUGCCUUCUGGAGUCUUUCAUGGUUUGCCUUCAACCCUCAAGACCCUCUUUUUGGUCAAAAAUAGAUUCAAAUCUUUCAACUGGGAAAACCUCCAGUAUCUGAAGAAUCUAGAAACGUUGGACCUCAGCAACAACCAGAUAAAGACUCUCCCCAUGAGAUUAUCCAACUGUUCUGGGAGCCUGAAGAAACUAAUCCUUAAGAAUAAUCAAAUCAGGUACCUGACCAAGUAUUUUCUACAAGAUGCCUUUCAGUUGCGAUAUCUGGACCUCAGUUCAAAUAAAAUCCAAAUUAUCCAGAAAACAAGCUUUCCAGAAAAUAUCCUCAAUAAACUGGAUAUAUUGUUUUUGCAUCAUAAUCGCUUUUUGUGCACCUGUGAUGCAGUGUGGUUUGUCUGGUGGAUUAACCACACAGAGGUGACUAUUCCUUACUUGGCCACAGAAGUGACUUGUUCAGGGCCAGGAGCACACAAAGGUCAGAGCGUCGUCUCUCUGAAUAUGUAUACUUGUGAGUUAGACCUAACUAACUUGAUCCUCUUUUCAUUCUCCAUCUUGACAGUUGUCUUUCUGAUGGUAGUCAUGACAGCCAACCACCUCUAUUUCUGGGACGUAUGGUAUAGUUACCAUUUCUGGAAGGCCAAAAUAAAAGGGUAUCAGCGCUUACUCUCACUGAACUCUUGCUACGAUGCUUUCAUUGUGUAUGACACUAAAGACCCAGCUGUGACAGAAUGGGUUUUGGAUGAGCUUGUGGCAAAAUUGGAAGACCCACGAGAGAAACAUUUUAAUUUAUGUCUUGAGGAAAGGGACUGGUUACCAGGGCAGCCUGUUCUGGAAAACCUUUCACACAGCAUAGAGCUGAGCAAAAAGACAGUGUUUAUACUGACAGACAAAUAUGCAAAGACUGAAAAUUUCAAGAUAGCAUUUUACUUGGCCCAUCAGAGGCUCAUGGAAGAAAAAGUGGAUGUGAUUAUCUUGGUUUUCCUUGAGAAGCCCCUUCAGAAGUCCAAGUUCUUCCAGCUCCGAAAGAGGCUCUGUAGGAAUUCUGUACUGGAGUGGCCAGCAAACCCACAGGCUUACCCCUACUUCUGGCAGUGCUUGAAAAAUGCCCUGGCCACAGACAAUCAUGUGACCUACAGUCGAGUUUUCAAAGAGGCAGUUUAA